UGAAAGCUUUAUUUUAUACUAAGCUAUUAAUGUUUUAAUAAAAAACACACUAUUAGUUCCACCUGGGUAAUGACACUUGGGUCCGAGAGAACCAGUGGCCUUCGAGUUUUUAAGUUUUUAUCUACCAAUCCAAAUAUUUGUACAAAGAAAAUAUGCCCUACCUUGAGCUAUAGUUCUAUAUUCUGUUUUUACUUUUAACAAGAAGUAGGCCUGAAUGAUGUACACUGCCUAUUUUUGUUCCAGGUAAAUUUUCUUGUAAAGCUUGGAGCAUUGCAAAUGUUUGGUGUUAAUGUAUGAGAGUACUUCACAUGUACACUAUAUUGAUGAAGUUGUCUGCUUAUUUGGGGCCAAAUAAGAAGGAGAGAAAUUUUCUUGGAAAAGAAUCGAAAGCAAUAAAGAUAAUGCUGCGAUUGGCAUUUUGGACAUUUGUGCUGUGUAUGUGGAUGUAUUGGCAAGCCUGCGCUGGAAAUUCGCCACAAAUCGGCUGUGUUUACAUCCGGUUUAGAGCAUUCAAAACGGUGCCGCCAAUUGAGACUGCCGUCGCCUGUGAAGUUUGCGCUGUACCGGAUAUCAUGACAGAAGAAUGCAGAAGGGUUGCUCAGCUAUUAACUUCGCCUUAUAAUCUUUAUUUAUUUCAAUUGUGUUGUAAGAAGUAUUUUUUAAACAGUAAAACUUUCUCCAAUUUAUAGACUACCUAUUAUGAUUCA